AAAGUUCAUGACAUACCAAUUAGUAGUUUGUACUUUACGAUCAUUCUGAUGGGAUGUUAUAACUUCUAAAUUUCGGAUGGUGUCCUUUCUUUAUAUUCAUGUCACACAUAAUGAAUCGUCUUAAUGUACAGUGAUGACUUUCACACUCACAGUUAUACGAUGCGUUUGUUUUGAGCUCAUCUUAUUUUCUGUUUGUUUGUUUGGUGAUAAAUAUAUUGGAGCAUUUGGAUUUUCUAUAUUUGGAUUGAGUAACGAACUUUCUAAAGCUUUACUGGAUAACUUAACGCAUGGAUUUGUUGGAUAUUUCACUUGGGCGAUUAUAGUAGAUUUGUCGGAUUGCGGAAAGGACCUGAUCGAAUGUUCCGGAUCUAUGAUGUUAGCAAUGGUGAUCGAUAUAGACCAUUUUAUUGCUGCAAGAUCUAUUGAAUUGAAGUCUGCAUUGUCACUUCACAACCGACCAAUAUUCCAUGCUUCAUCCAUUAUACCUGUAGCUGUUGGUUGUAUUUGGAUUAUAUCACACCUGCGCUCUAACGACAUUCUGAAACGUCUUUCAUUGAUAUUUCUCGUUGCGUGGACGUCACAUCACGUACGAGACGGCACGAGACGAGGAUUAUGGUUUCCUCCAUUCGGAAGUACUCAGCCUUUACCUAAGACAACAUAUUUAAUUCUGAUUAUGUGUUUGCCUUUAUUAUUACGAAGUGUGCUUUAUUUGACUGUGCAAAGACAGAGUAACACCAACCCUUCUAUACAACGUGAACUGGUAAAAGUGUAACACCUGAUUAGGUUUAUAAAAUAAAUACAGUAUGUUGAAUUAUCUCAGGUGUGUCAGCAAUUCCUCAACAAAAAAAAUAUUACACGCCAUACUUAAA